AUGGACUGCUCUUUCGACUAUUCCCUAAUCUCUCAUCCUCUAUACAUCACCGCUUUGUCUUCGCACGUGAUUUCCUCGAUUUUCACCCUAAUCUCGGCAACACUUGUGCUUCUGAUAUGCAAGAAUACGCACGCAUUGAACGGGAGUAUUAGGGUUCAACUCUACACUCUAUUUUUCUUCACUUUUCUUCACUCGAUCGUUUUGGGGAGUUUUCAGUUAUUCCAUUUGAUUCGCGAUCAAAUCUUCUCAACUCGAAACGAUUGUUCGAUUCUUCUUCCAUCAUCAUUUUGUUGCCUCUUUCGUAUCCCGUUCGCCUUUUCGAUAGCGGGUCUCGUUUUGUGUUGGUUCUCGUGUGCGAUCGAUCGUUGCAUCGCGUCAAUUUUCCCGAAAAUGCGCGACUCUCGAUUGGAGUUCACGGCAAAAGGACUUGUUUCAAUGACGGCAAAUAAGACGAAUUUCGUUGAUCCGAUGCUCUACGUGGUUAUCGAUAUGCAUUGCUAUGUUGUCCCAUAUUUCACGAUUUGUCUCCCCUUUCUCUUUGCGUUGAUGGUUUGGCGAGGGAAAAGGAUACGACGCGGUCGUAUCGCGACAAUGGUCGGCGAGAAGCGAGACGGUCGUGCCGGAGCUGAGGCACACUUUUCAGCCAUGGAAAUCAUGUGGAAAAGUCGAGUGAGUAUUGGUGGGAAUGGAUGGGAAAAUGAGGAGAAAAAGCGAAAGAAGCCUUUUGAGAAAAUCAGGGUCAUAUCAGCAAGACCA